AUGGGUUGGAAUUACUUUUUGCAAUGGAUUGUUACCAUUCCAUUCUCGUUGGUUUCGGCUGCUAUGACAAUUGAAUACUGGAACAAGGAUAUCAAUUCAGCUGUUUGGGUGUCUAUAUUUUUCGUUGUAAUUUGUGCAAUUAACAUAUUUGGUGUUAAAGGGUACGGUUAUGGUGAAUCUAUGUUUUCAGUUAUCAAAGUGAUUGCAAUUAUUGGGUUCUGUAUCUUGGCUGUUAUUCUUAUUGCCGGAGGAGGUAAUCAAGGUUAUAUUGGAGGAGCAAACUGGCACCCACCUUUUGUAAACGGGUUUAAGGGAACUUGUAACACUUUGGUUAACGCCGGGUUCAGUUUCGCCGGUACCGAAUUGGUUGCUCUUGCAGCUGCAGAAUCUCCAAACCCUCGUCGAGCCAUGAAGAAGGCUAUCAAACAAGUGUUUUGGAGAAUUGCCAUUUUCUACUUACUUACCAUUAUCUUACUUUGUUUUUUGGUUAGAUACGACGAUCCAAAUUUAAUUGGUAAUUCUAGUUCAUCUGCUUCACCAUUUGUUGUUGCUAUCUCCAAUGGUGGUAUUAAGGUUUUGCCUUCAAUUUUCAAUGUUGUUAUCCUUUUGGCAGUUUUGUCGGUUGCCAACGCCAGUGUUUUUGCAUCAUAUAAGCCUUUGGUUGCCUUGGGUGAAUGUGGAUACGGUCCUAAAUUCUUGACAUAUGUUGACAAAAAGGGAAGACCAAUGAUUUCUAUUCUUAUUUGCUUAGCAUUUGGAUUGAUUGGAUUUAUUGGUGCUUCCAAGAAUCAAGAGACUGUGUUCAUUUGGUUAUUGUCCUUGAGUGGGUUGGCCUGUAUUUUCAUUUGGUUUUCUAUCUCAUUGGCACAAGUUAGAGUUAAUUAUGCAUGUAAGGUACAAGGUAUUUCUCGUGACAAUAUGCCAUUCAAGUCAUUUGGUGGUGAUUACGGUGCUUACUUUUGUAUGUUCCUCAAUGUUUUGAUUUUACUUGCUCAAUUUUACAUUGCAUUGUAUCCAAUUGGCGCUGAACCAUUACAAGUCUCAACCUUCUUCCAAGCUUAUCUUGCUGCUCCAAUUGUCUUGGUUAUGUACAUUGGUCACAAAAUCUGGACUAGAAACUGGAGCUUGUACAUCAAGGCCGAAGAUAUGGAUGUUACUACCGGUAGAGUUGUUGUAGAUACCGAACUUUUGGCACAAGAAGAAUUUGAAGCCGCUGAAGCUUGGAAAGCCAAACCCUUGUAUCAUAGAAUCUUCCAUACUUGGUGUUAA